AUGAACACGGCCACGGUGACGAGCCUUGAGAGCUCAAGCACCACCUCAUCCUCCCUGCGUAACAAGCACAAUGGCACCUCCAAUGGCAACUGCAACCUCAAGGCCGCCGUCAAGCCGACUACACCCGAGACCAACCGUACGACCGACGAGUUGAGGAGGGCAAUUCAAAAGAAAUACAGACACGUCGCUGCCGUCCACUCCACAUCCCGCCCAUCAACCCUGAGCCAUGACUCUAAUACAGCCCCGAGCUUCAUUGGCUUCAGGAACUUAAUGAUAAUUGUGUUAAUUGUCGGUAAUCUUCGUCUGAUGAUGGAGAACAUUCAAAAAUAUGGAGUCUUGAUCUGUAUUGGCUGCCACGAUUUCCGCCGGCAAGACCUCGCUCUCGGCUUGGGCUUAUACCUCCUGAUCCCUUGUCAUCUGUUCGCCGCGUACCUGAUCGAACUGGCCGCCGCUCAGCAAGCAAGGGGCUUGCGGGCGAAAUCAAAAGACGGAGCCGCCAGCCCGACAGAGGACCAGCGCUCGAGGUUCGACUCGACCUGGAAGGUCAUUGCUUGGAUCCACGCCGUCAACAUCACCCUCGCUCUGACCGUUACAUCCUACGUCGUGUACUUCCACAUCCACCACCCGUUGAUCGGCACCCUGACUGAGCUCCACGCCAUCAUCGUCUGGCUCAAGACGGCGUCUUAUGCCUUUACGAACCGAGACCUUCGACAUGCCUACUUGCACCCCGUCAAGGGCGAGCUCGCCGCCAUGCCCGAAAUCUACCAACAAUGCCCCUACCCUCAGAAUAUCUCGAUGCACAACCUGGCGUACUUCUGGUGGGCUCCGACGCUGGUCUACCAGCCCGCGUACCCGAGGACAGACAAGAUCAGGUGGGUCUUUGUCGCGAAGCGAAUGGCAGAGGUGUUUGGUCUGGGUGUCUUUAUCUGGUUUGCCAGCGCCCAGUACGCCGCCCCUGUCCUAAUCAACUCUCUCGACAAGAUUGCGUCUCUGGACGUUCCCAAGAUUCUUGAGCGGUUGAUGAAGCUGUCAACGAUUUCUCUGGUCAUCUGGCUGGCGGGCUUUUUUGCACUCUUCCAGUCGUUCCUCAACGCCCUCGCCGAGGUCACCCGCUUUGGUGACCGGUGUUUCUACGAGGACUGGUGGAACAGCGAGAGCCUGGGUGCAUACUGGCGACUGUGGAACAAGCCCGUAUACCAGUACUUCAAGCGUCACGUUUACUCACCUCUGAUCGGCCGAGGAUGGAGCCCGAGGGCCGCGCAGCUGGCCGUUUUCUUCGCGUCUGCGGUUCUGCACGAGGUUCUUGUUGGUAUCCCGACACAUAACAUUAUCGGUGUUGCCUUUGCGGGCAUGUUCUUCCAACUCCCCCUGAUUGCCCUUACCACUCCUCUGGAAAAGAUGCAGUCUCCCACGGGACGUAUGCUCGGCAACUGCAUUUUCUGGGUUUCGUUUACCAUCCUCGGGCAGCCCUUUGCAGCUCUAAUGUACUUUUACGCAUGGCAGGCCAAAUAUGGCAGCGUCAGCAGGCAAAUGGCCUGCAAUUCAGUUGCAAGCUCGUAA